AUGUCUUCGACACCCGGCAGCCUGAAUGCCGGAGGAAGCGCGAUCCAGACGAGCCCAGCCAGGAGCACGGACGACACCGAAAACCGGCCGACGCUUGACGGGAACAUACUCACCAUCUUAUUUCCCGUGCCCAAUGGUUUCAGAUGUCCCAUGCCAGACUGCCACGAGAAGUACGUCGGCGUCACAUGGACCAGCCGGCGCCAAAGCCUCAUGCGACAUCUCUGGGACGAGCACAGGUUAAAGGUUAGCGCGGCCUACACCUGCACCAUCUGCUCCGCAACCGACCUGGGCUACCGGCCGACCGUGCACCCGUGCAUCUCGAAAGGGAGAAAGGGCUGGACAAUCAUGUCCGCUCACACAGCAGGAAGGCAGCGAAGCAGCGCGCGACCCAACCGGCGACCAACGAGAUCAACUCCGCGCGCCACCCCCGCGACGACUAGCAGCACCACCACCGCCGCCAAUGAGACCAACGCUGCAGCGAGCUCACCGAGAGCAGAUCCCACACUACCGGACCUAGCUCUAACAAUCCUCUCUUCCCCUCUAGGUGGCACGACCGGCAACACCGCCGAUGCCACAGCAACCGCGGGACCAACAACACCGACGGUCAACGAGGGGACUUCACCAUCGCGAGGAAUAACGAGCCCGUCUCAUGACUCGCAGGACCACGAGAUGGCGCCAGCCACCCCGGGCUCUGCGGAUUGUGAAGAGAGCAGCGCGUCUCUGCGCAGCAGCACGGCACCGGCGAGCACGCCCAGAACCGGUCCAACAACAUCGGGCCCCCUUUUCACCCCUCUUUCCUCCUCUCCCAUAGCCCCCACGCACGAUGCGACCAGCCGGGACGACGGGUGCCCUGCGGCAAAGCCAGCAGCAGACGAGGAGAACUCACCAUCCGAGGGGUCACUGAGCGUAGCUUUUUCAUUGCAGGGCGCAGAAACAGCCUCGGCUGCAGCCAGCCCUGCGGAGAAUCAGCGCUCGCAUACUCUCGGUGCAACGCCGCGAGAUGAUCAACCGAUGAGCUCGACGCCAAGGAGCAUCACUUCACAGAGUGUUGAAUCUCCCACACAAGUGAUGUCUCCAGAGGAAGCGCUACUCGACGAAGCCGGCAACGACCCGGCACCACAGGACGAGACCUCCGGCGAAAUCACCCUCUCCGGCUCAAUUGAUGACACCAACGUGCUUGCAGAGCACACCCAGAAGAUCAGGCUACUGCUUCGCGAGCCCGCCACCACCGAGCGCUGGGAUGACUUCCUAUCCAUCUUGGACGAGGCCAUCUCCACGAUUAGGAGGGAGGCGAAGAUCCCGGAAGCACCUGCCGCUGGGAAACCACGAGCCCCAACCAACCCGGACAACGCCCAGCAGAUCCAGGGCCUGUACCGUCGAAACCGUCAUCGGGCAGUUCGUGUCAUCGUUCAGGGCGAGUCGAAGCUCUGCGAGCUUCCGCUUGACAAACUGGAGGAGCACUUCACUGCGACAUGGGCACCGAAAGAAGCGGACACCAGCCUGCUGCUCAACAAAACUCGCCGCAGUGACAUAGCCGAGAUCUGCCUCGCCAAAUUCACUGCCGAUGAAGUUGCAGCACGUCUUCGCAAAUGCGAGAACACGGCUCCCGGUGGUGAUCGGAUCACCUAUCACCAUUGGCGUACUAACGAUCCCGAUGCUCUCUUUUUGUCCGCAGUGUUCAACGUGUGCCUCCGGUUCAAGCGAGUACCCCCUGCCUGGAAGGAGACGCGAACGAUCCUCGUUCAUAAGAAGGGUGACCCGAGCGACGUCACGAACUGGAGACCCAUCGCCCUUGGAAGCACAAUCUCCAAGCUGUAUGCGGGCUGCCUUGCGGCCCGCAUGCAGCAGUGGGUGUGCGACCAUGGUGUGCUCCCGCGGUGUCAAAAGGGGUUCCUGCCGCACGAUGGAGUGUUCGAACACAACUUCGUGCUGCAGGAGCGUCUAGACGCGGCGCGGGCCGGCGGUGGCGACCUUUGCGUGGCGUUCCUCGACUUCGCCAAUGCCUUUGGCUCCGUGCCACACAAUCCACUAAUCAACUCUCUUCGAGGUGCAGGUGCUGGAGAGGACUUCCGCGCCAUUGUCGCGAACCUCUACAGAGGCAACACGACCCGCAUCAUCGCCGAGACUGGAACUACAGCUCCAGUCAGCAUCUCAGCUGGCAUCCGACAGGGCUGCCCACUGAGCGGCCUGCUGUUCAACCUGGUGCUAGACCCCGUCAUACGGGCGGUUCAGGGAGGUGAGAAGCAACACAACGUGCUCGCCUACGCCGAUGAUCUAACCCCCCUUGCAGACAACCCAGGGCAGCUUCAGGACCGCAUCAACGUCGUGGCGACUCUGGCCGGACAGCUGGGACUUCGGCUGAACCCGAAGAAGUGCAGAAGCCUGCACCUCUCCGGAAGGACUCCCGUGGGCACCCGGGCAACAACAUUUCUCGUCGACGGCGAGGAAAUCCCCCGCAUAGGUGACUACGACAGUCAAACCUUUCUUGGACGCCCCGUCGGAUUUAGUCUUCUGCCGGACAACUCCACAGUCGACCAAGCGAUAUCCGUCGGCCGCACCCUACUUCAGUCCAUGCUUCCCCCAUCGCAACGAAUUGACGCUGUGAAAACUUUUGUCUUUCCAGCGCUCAACUUCGCAUUGAGGUGCGGACAAAUCGGCAAAUCGGAAUGGGCACGAUUGGACGAUGCUCUCCGGCCCCUAAUCAAGAAGACUCUUUAUCUUCCAGGGAACGCUGCCAACGACUACGUCUACGGCAGCGCAGCAGCCGGAGCAGCGGGCAUCCCCGUCGCAGCUGACACCAGCGACGCCUGCCGAGUGGACAAUGCCUUCAAGCUGUUAACAUCAGCCGACCUCGAGAUUCAGGAGAUGGCCCUAGAUGCGCUAACCAAAAAUGUUUCUAAGCGUAUUCGCAGGUCAGCCACCUUCGAGGAGAUCUCGAGUUACCUGAGCGGCGAGCUGGGCGGAGUUUUCCAGGAGGCACGAGCGACGCAGCUCCAGUCAGUGUGGACGGAGGCACGAAAAGCCUCCCGCCGCCUGUCCUAUUGGCGCCAGAUCUAG